AUGUUUGGAAACAUCCAUAGUAAUAUUGCUUUACUGCAUCAAAAAUUGGAGGUUGUACAAGCAAGCAUUCCUAACCAAGAUACUGGCGCUCAAGUUGAAGAAUUAGAGCAUCAGAUAGAACAUUGGCACCAAAUUCAAAGCGAGUUUUGGGGUCAAAAGGCUAGAGAUGAGUAUUUUCUUGAAAUGGACAGGAACACUAGAUUCCAUCACGCGAAUACAAAUAGGAGACGUUCAAGGAAUAAUAUUUCAGCCUUGAAAGAUGAAAGUGGAAGUUGGUGCACCACAAGGAAUGAUAUGGAAAGUAUCCUGGUCAAUGAUUACAACAAACUUCACACCACUAUCUCUCCAGCAAAGAAUGAGAAUAUUCUGCAGUGCAUACCUAAAGUAACUACAGCAGCAGAGAACCUUGAACUGACACGAAUCCCAGAAGAUGCAGAAAUAAUACAAGCAUUAAAGAGCAUGAAACCCUGGAAAGCACCAGGUCCAGACGGAUUCCCACCUGGAUUUUUUUAA